CGCAUUCGACCGAGCAGUUCAACCUCACGUCGCCGUUGUCGCCGUCGUCGAGGAGACCCGCGAAGAGACCCGCAUCACGACCGAAGCUCAUCCACUUCCAACGCGAGUCACGACUCAGGUCCUUCCCCGCAAUUUACAACCCGCCGAGCCGACACCCAUCGCAGCGCAUACACACAGCCCGCCAUGUCGUCCGGCUAUGGCAUGAACGGGGGUCCAUCCCGGUGCUUUCCCUUUUGGCAAGAAGUGCUCGCCUGCUACGUGGUCAACAGCAACGAGGAGGACGCGUCGGGCAGAAAGAAGUGCUCGCCGAUGCUGGAGGAUUACUACGAGUGCUUGCACCACAAGAAGGAGGCCGCCAGAGUCCAAGCCCUCCAAGCUGCCUAUCGUAAAGCCGAAGCAGAAGGCGGAUACAAGGCCAACCCACCGACGGCCGGACAGAUACGGAACUUGGGAAUCUUGGGUAAGGAGGAGGAUUCCAGGGCGGUGUUGGGGUCGAAAUAAGGGCAUGGCACUGCAAUGUUGAUGAUGAUACGCACAUACUGCUAGGGAUACGGCACUAGAACUAUUACAACAGCACGGCACCGCACGAGCGAGCCGGAGGGAAAACAGAACCAAUUUUUUGACGCCUCUCGAUAUACGGAGUCCUGAAUGUUACCAAUGCUGGAAGAUUGGGAGAACGAGGCAACGAUAUUAAAUGCGGGCUUGCUAAUGUCAGACCUUAGUACUCAAAUAUUGCUGGAACAUCAGCCUACUACCACAAUCAUUGCGCUUGCUUAUGUAUAAUUACCUUGUAUACCAAUCAGCUCCCACGCUAUGCGGCUGAAAUGCGAGCCUCUGAAAAAGUACCGAUGGAAAGAGAACAAGUGUGGGAUAUAGAUAGAGGUAAUGCGCAACCUACAACUUCUUUCUCAACCUUGACUUGCUUGAAAUGAUGAAUGACAAAGCCCAGAUAGCUUCGUAAUCAGGCGAGG